UUGUAUAAAUUAAUGUAUAUUAUGUUCUCUGAUUUGGGAUGUAUACUUAGAUUAGGUGUAGGAGUGUAUGUUUGUUAAAUUGUAUACGUAAUAGUUUAGAAUAUAUUUAUAUUGUAAGUGUUAUUUGGUUUGUUAUUUAUUAGGUUAGUUUUUUGAGUGUUUGUUUGCAUUAUGAGACUGACUCGAAUUUUGUGUAUAUAUAUAGUAAGGUAUAUUGUUAUACCGAUUUAAUUUUUUGUGUAAAUCGUAUUAGAUAAUGUAUAUUGUAUAAUUCGAUUUACAAUGUAUACUUAGAUAAAUUGAGGUAUAGUAAUGUAUUUGUUGAAUAUGUAUAGAAGAUAGUUUAUAAUAUUUUUAUAUUGUUGUGUUGUUUUUUAUGUUUUUACAGGAGUGAGAGAAAUAUUUUAAUAAACCUGAGAAUCGUGUUUAGAGUAAGAUGAUUUACUUCUCUAAUAACAAUAUUUUUACCGGAGUGGGAACACUAGUUUUGUGAAAGCUUUUGUUGUUCUUCUGUCCAUUUUGCUAUCUCAUGUGAACUUCUAUGGUCGGAGAUCGGAUAUUAACAAGAACACAAAGUAUUUUUAGGGAGUAAGUGAGACAGAUUCUUUGGAAGAUGUAUCAUUUUCUACAUAUAGUAAUAAACUAGUAGGUUUAUUUUGUUAUAAGGUAAUACAAAAUAAACAAAAUUGUUAUUUGUACUUCAAGCUCAUAUCUCUAUUUUUACACAGUAUUUUUUUUGGGAUAGUUGUCAAGUAUGUGAAUGUAGAUAAUGCUCUAUUCUUGUUGUCCCAAUACUAUUUUUGUACCAAAAAUUGAAAACAUUCUAAUGAAAUUGCUAACUCUCUUACUUCUUUGAGUGUUACAUGCAUAUACAGAUUCUGCAAUAUUUGAUGUAUGUUUUGUUGAGUAUGGUGCGAAAGGUAAAUUUUGAUGAACUUCCGAUUGUUGAUCGUAUUUUUGUGUUCACUGUUUGGUUGAUAUGUCGAAUGGUAGAAUGAGUGAUUGCUUGUUGGUUUUGAAAAUUGAAUGAUCAAAGUUGUGAUGUAUGCGACUGAAGCUUUUUUUUGUUCACUAAUAGAGUUUUUUUUUCUUGAGAAAAUUUCGAUGUGUGCGAUUUUGAAUUUAUUUACAAUCGCAGUGAACGAUUUCGCAGAUAUGAUUGUAGUUUUGAGGAAGGAGUUCGACGUUAAAUGGUUGAUGAGUCGGUGAUCGAGCUUUUUUGUUGAUCAAUGGUGUUUUUUUUUAGAAUGGUUUGAAUGGUGAGAAUCCUUUGAGUUAUAGUUUUAUAGGUUUCCUUGUUAGUCGAUUACACACGCGCGAUUGAAAUGAUGUGAUCCCGUAGAUAAUAGAGGAGCACAACGCGUGAUGGGACGGUUUUGCAAGUUUCAUGUUUGCAAUUCUGGUAUUGUUUUUUUUAAUUCUCGGUAGGGAUGAUGACAUGGAGCGUUAAUAAAAAGCUAUUAAAUUAAUUAACGGUAAUAUUAAUAAUAGAUUGUAUUUUAGGUAUAUAAAUGAAAAUUUUCCUAUAAAAUCUGUUUAAUUGAGUGACAUGUCAAAUACAAAGUAAACAAAUAUUAUUUCUAAAAAAUUAAAUUAAUAAAAAAAAUCAUUUAAAAGAAAAAGAGAAGAAAUAGGCAUGUAUAUUUACAGUUUAUGUGUGUAUUUUUUUAAGGCUCUUUAUAAUUUAGAAAAUAUAGUUGAAGAUCAAAAUUAUACUUCUUGAUAAUUCAAGAGUGAUCAAAGUUACAAAAUUGAAUUAUCUUUCUUUUACUCUUUUAAGAAAAAUUGAAUUAUCAUAGAGCACUCCCAAUAAUUUUUUUUCUCUAUCAUUAAAAAAUAUUAUUAAAAUAUUAUUUUAUAUUUUAUAGCAAAUUUUUACAUUAUAUUAUCCAUUAUUUUUUCUAUUUUUUUAUAUAUUUUAUUCAUUUUAAAUAUAUAAGAUUAUUAUAUACACAUAAAAGAUAAUUUAAAAGUAAAAAAACUAAUAAAUAAUUUUAUUCAUUGCUCUAAAAUAACACUAUUUAUUAUUCUAAAAAAUAAUGUAAAAUUAUGCUAUAUUAUUGGUAAAUUGGAUCUUCUCUUCAUUAUUUUAGAACAAUCAAUUGUGAGUGAGUUCUUUUACCCAUUUUGUUUUGGGUCAUGUGAUGAAAUUCCAACAUUCUUUCGUAGUAAUACGUCGUCGUAUCAGAACCAAAUCUUCCCCUAAAAAACGCACAAAGCGUGAUCCAUGAUCCAUGUCCUAAAAAGCAAAGGUCCUUUUUCGUAAUUUCACAUAACCUGUCCUUCGAUUCCUCCUGCUCUUUCUUUCUUUUCUACUACCAUUUUCAGAAAGCUUCUCCUUUAUCCCAAACUCAAUUGCAAUUUUCCCGAAACCAAAGGGUAUUUUGGCAAACUUAUCUGCCCCAAACCAAAAUCUUCCAACUCUAUCCACUCCAAUUAAAUAUUUUUAUUUUUUUAAAAAAAUACUGUGUCUGGGCCUUCUAGAGACUCUGGAGUCUGGACCACGAUCUCUUUCUUUCUUUUCUAACCAAAAAAAAUAAAAAAAAUAAAAAUAAAAACCAAACUCUGACAUUCUUUCCCUUUUACUAAAAUUAAAUUUAGGACGAAAAUACCCUCCGUUUUGUUCUCAAAUAACGGAAGACUCCAACUCUGGCUUUAGAUUCUACUUCUCACAGUCAAAGAUCCUCUUCCAACUACUGAUGAAGAAGAUGAUCAACUACGAUUUUUCUCUCUAUUAACAAUUUGAUUUUCUCUUCUCCUUUUUCCAUUUUCAUGGAAAGCUAGGUAACUUGUUUGACCGCGAAGCAAUGGAUUUUGCCGAAGGAGUUGGGGAGAGCUCGUCGCCGCCCAGAAGCUUCGGGAGUUUCAGUAACUACGAUGUUCGGAACGAUGUGUUUAAUCGCUUGGUGGAGAACGGUCAUGGCGCAGCUUUGACCAAUCCUGAGUUUCGCGAACAGUUAGAUGCUCAUUUCAAUCGCUUGCCCGCUAGUUAUGGACUUGAUGUUAACAUAGAUAGAGUGGAAGAUGUUUUAUUACAUCAAAAGCUUCUUGCAUUAGCUAAAGACCCAGAGAAGCGGCCUGUAUAUCACAUUCGUUUCUUGGAGAAUAUUUCUAGGACAGAUGUUAAUGGCAAUCAAGACCUUCCAAGUAUACUUACAACCCCAGGACAAUCAAUUAAUGGAGCUAAUAUAGAAGCUCUGUCACAUAAGAGAACAAGGAACCACACAAGUGACUUUGAACCUUGCUCCAAGCUCGAGGACCUAAAUUUGGAUGUUGGAGAGAAGAAUUCCAAGGACACGGAGGAACAAUGUGCAAAGAAGAUGCUUUCCAGAAGGCAAGAAAGUUUUCCUAUUUAUAUCCAUGAAGUAAUAUUCUGCACCGUUGACAGGCCUAAGCUUCUUAGCCAGCUCUCUACUUUACUUUCUAAUAUAGGACUCAACAUUCGUGAAGCACAUGUGUUCUCAACAACCGAUGGCUUCUCCUUGGACGUGUUUGUGGUGGAUGGAUGGCUUGUUGAGGAUACAGAUGGUCUAUAUGAAGCUAUGGAAAAGGCAAUUGCCAAAAAUGAGGGAUCAUGGUCUAAAUCUUCACAUUGUCAUUCGGCUACAGAGAAACCCCUGGCGACACCCUCCAAACUUGGAGACUGGGAAAUAGAUAGAAGAUUACUGAAAAUAGGAGAGAGAAUUGCAUCUGGAUCUUGUGGAGACCUGUAUCGUGGAGUUUAUUUUGGUGAAGAUGUUGCAGUUAAGAUUCUCCGAUCUGAGCAUUUGAAUUGUGCUCAAGAGGAUGAGUUUGCCCAGGAAGUCGCAAUUCUAAGGGAGGUUCACCAUAGAAAUGUUGUUCGUUUUAUUGGUGCAUGUACAAAGUUUCCCAAUUUGUGCAUAGUGACAGAAUUUAUGCCUGGAGGAAGUCUGUAUGACUAUUUGCACAAGAAUCGUAAUGUCGUGAAGCUCCCACAAUUGCUGAAGUUUGCAAUUGAUGUCUGCAGAGGAAUGGAAUACCUGCAUCAAAAUGACAUAAUCCACCGGGAUCUGAAGACUGCUAAUUUGCUUAUGGAUACUGACAAUGUUGUUAAGGUGGCAGAUUUUGGUGUUGCUCGGUUCCAGAGUCAAGGGGGAGUAAUGACAGCUGAAACUGGAACAUACAGAUGGAUGGCACCUGAGGUUAUAAACCAUCAACCAUAUGACCAGAAAGCUGAUGUAUUCAGUUUUUCAAUUGUACUCUGGGAGCUUGUGACAGCUAAGAUUCCAUAUGAAUCCAUGACUCCUUUACAAGCUGCACUAGGAGUGAGACAGGGUAUGCGUCCCGAGCUUCCUAGUGAUGCACACCCAAAACUGUUAGAACUAAUGCAGAGAUGUUGGGAUGAAACUCCAUGUGACCGUCCUUCGUUCUCCGAUGUAAGAGCUGAGCUUGAAAAUCUCCUCAUAGAAGUUCAGGAAAAUUCAGAAGUAAAUCGCACUUAAAAACACCGUACACAAAACACACUCCCAUCGGCUCAUUUUUAAACAACACUCAGAUGAGGAUUUGCUUUCCUAAUUAUCAUUUUCUUUUUUAGUUUUUCCACAUAAUUAUAGAGGUUAUAUGUAAUAGUAAAAAACCAAGGGAAGUGAAGUGAAAAAUAUAGAGGCGUUUCGACACGGGAAAUAUACGGUAUGAGUAUAGUACAUACUACUAAGUUAUGUCUUCCCAAACUGUAUUAGGAAAGCAAUCUCCCAGUCGAAUUCAUUGUAUAUUAUUGCUUAGCUUUCAAAAACCAUAUGUAUGUAUAUUUCAUUACUAUCUAUAGUAUAUAUUUGUAAGUGGGCAUA